AUGGCUUUCGAUAUUGCAAAGGCUCGAUCUCGCUUCCCCGCUUUGGAUCAGGAACAGGUUUUCCUGGACAAUGCAGGAGGCAGUCAGGUACUGGACUCGGUGAUUGAGUCAGUGACCUCUUACCUUUCGAAGACCAAUGUCCAACUGGGCGCAACCUACAAUAUUUCCAAGGUGUCAACUGCAUCAUACGCUCACGGCUACGAAGCAGCAGCAAAGUUCAUCAAUGCAAAGCCAGAGGAGAUCAGCCUGGGUGUCUCCACAACGCAGCUCCUGCACAACCUCUCCACUGCCCUAGACUUCCAGCCGGGCGACGAGCUUAUUGUGUCAAUGCUGAACCAUGAGGCUAACUCAGCCGCCUGGGACAGAAUCGGGCGCCGUUUAGGCCUGACCGUCAAGUGGUGGGGAGCUGCAGACCCCCGCAAUCCAGUUUGCAACCCCAGAGACUUGAAGCAGCUGAUGUCGGAGAAGACGAGGCUGGUCGCGUGUCCUCAUGCUUCUAACAUCACCGGAACCAUCACAAAUGUCAAGGAGAUAGCGAAGAUUGUGCAUCAGGCCCCCAGGGCUCUUCUUUGCGUUGACGGGGUUGCGCUUGCUCCACACCGCCAGGUUGAUGUUAAAGAUUUGGACGUUGAUUUCUACGCAUUCUCAUGGUAUAAAGUAUAUGGACCUCACAUAGCCCAGCUGUACGCUGCAUCACGUAUUCAUAACCAGAUCAACUCUCUGGGUCACUACUUCAAAACCACAGAAACUCUCGAUCUGAAGCUGAACCUAGCUUCCGCCAAUUACGAACUGACGCAAAGCAUUCCACGUGUCCUGGAUUACUUCGGGCCCAAUUUCUCCGCAACAUGGGGCCAAAUGGCCACGUACGAGGAAAAGCUGCAGAAGAUUCUCCUUGACUUCCUCAAUAGCAAUGAUCGUGUAACCAUCUAUGGCGAGCCUUCCGCGAGCAAGGAGCUCCGAGUCCCAGUGAUCAGCUUCACUGUGGAGGGUAUCAAGAGCCAAGCGCUUGUUGAGGAAGUUGAGAAAAGAAGUCCUUUCGGCUUCCGCAGUGGGCAUAUGUACAGUCAUCGCUUGCUCAAGGACAUCAUUGGUCUGGACGAUGUUGAAGAUGGGGUUGUACGGAUUAGCAUGCUGCACUACAAUACCGAGGACGAGAUCACGUCGCUCGUUGAGCUGCUGCGCGAGAUUAUUGCAGCGAUUUAG